AUGUGGUCCCCAAUCUACAUGUUCGCCAUCCUCGUAGCCGCGGCCGCCGCAGGCAGCAUACUCAUCGCGGUCUGCUGUCCUAUCAAGUGCUGCAUUCUUCGUCGCUAUAAAGACGAAGAGCAUGAAAUAGCUCAAGACUACGAGGCGAGGAUUUUCAGAACCUCAGCGGCGCCUCGUUCAGCCUCUGACGCUAGUCACGGUCAAGCCGACUACUACGUGACCAUCACGCCUGGUGAUCUUGCCAUCACCCCCACGAGGCCUAGACAACCCUACAGCGCUUCAAGCCAUCCUGUCGCCGCCCGCAAUGGCUCAAGCAAUCCUGCGACCGUGGCAGGCCAAGCUCGCAAGCCAACGGAGGUGGGACAGGUCCACAGCCAGCAACCACUCUUGGACAACGACGUGAUCGUCCCCGCUGCCGCCAAUGCACCAAUGUCCGUCGGCGGGCCCCCUCCAUCGUACGCCUCCAACUGA